AUGAACAUUAUUAAAUCUGAAACUAAUUUUGAAAUUCCACCAAUUUCCUUUGCACAAUACUUGUCCACGGAAAUACAACGCACCGACAAGGAUGCUAUUGCUUUGAUCAAACCAGACAGUGAUUUUCAGCUGACUUUCAGCCAAUUCAACAAAAAAUGUAAUAAGUUUUCGUCUGCUCUAGUUGAUCUGGGCGUUAAGGAGACCGAUGUCGUAGUCUUUUACGCUGAUAACUGCAUCGACUAUGCCAUUGCCUUAAUUGGCACAAUUUACCUUGGACUGGUUUUCGUACCAGUGCCUCCGGCUCAUGGCAGUCUUUUCGAGCUGAGUCAACAGCUGACACAAUGCAGUGCCACCAUUCUCAUUUGUGGUAGUCGACAAAUGAAAACAACUGUUAUGAAGAUGAAAGAUGCCACUGAAUAUUGUCAGAGUAUCGAGCAGCUAAAACUGAUUGUCACUCUGGACGAGCCAGAGGAAGAGCCAUCAAUGAAAUUAUGGCCGUGUAAAGCACACUCAAUGAAAAAGAUACUGCAAAUGAACUUGAGUGAAUCAACACUACCUCAAAUACCGUACUUUCCCGUAAACGACCCAGCAAAUUCGACUUUUCUCAUAUGCUUCACCUCAGGUUUCACUGUAGUUUUGCUGCCUUCAGGAGAUUUGGAGCCUCUAAUGGCAAACAUUGAAAAGUACCGCAUCAGCGUGUUCACGUUUUCAGGAAAUCAGGCACGAGCUCUUGCAACCGGUGACUGGGAACAAAGAUUUAAUCUCAAAUCACUAAAGUACAUUCGCACUGGCGGCUCAAAUGUUCCUGAAAACUUACUGCUAGCAAUCAAAGAAAAGUUCAAAGUGCCACUCAAACAAGUGUAUGGAUCGACAGAAUUUUUCCAAGCGAUUCGAGUGCGCCACCCACUAGACACUUGGCAGUGCUUUCGUCCGGGCAAUGUCGGCGUUCCAGGGCCUAAUGUAGAGUUGAAGAUUGCCAACUUGGUCACUGGCGAGGCAAUGCCUGCUUUGGCACAGGGUGAAAUUUGCCUCCGAGGACCGGCGUGUUUUACUGGCUACCUCAACAACGAAGCAGCAACGAGGAGCACUAUUGAUUCGGAUGGCUUUUACCACAGUGGCGAUAUCGGGUUUUACAAUGAGGAUCACUGUCUCUUUAUCACCGAUCGCAUCAAAGAGUUGAUCAAGUACAAGCUCUACUCGCUCAUUCCUGCAGAAAUCGAGGACUUCAUCUCUCGACACAAAGCAGUGGCCGCAGUGUGCAUCGUCGGAGUUCCCCACUCCAUCGAAGGCAGCUACAUUCGUGCCUAUGUUGAAGUGGCACCGGGAAAAACACUCACUGAACAGCAGUUGAUCGAUUACGUAUCAGAAAACAUGGGCUCACAGAAACGAUUAAGGGCUGGUGUAAGGUUCAUUUCAGCUAUGCCACAAACACUAAUUGGUAAAAUUGAUAGACAACAUUUUAAACGUUUAGUGAAAGAUGAACUGCUUACGGAAAUUGUUGAAUAG